UAUGGACUCCAACAGAGCAUCAGCAAUCAGCUGCAACAGCUUGAAGCAAUCGAACCAAUUAUCAAAUCCAAAUCAAAUCAAAAAGAUGACUCAAAUGUUUGCCACCUGCAUCAUUGUCAGCUGCAUUGGGCUGCUGGGCGUUUCUGGCGCACCAAUGCAGCCACAGCCAGCGCACCUGGUCAACUAUCCGACGGUGCGUGUGCGCCGUCAGGUGUUGGGCGGCGCGCUUACCUCGAAUCCGGCGGGUGGCGCUGAUGCGCGCCUGGAUCUGACCAAGGCCUUGGGCACGCCGGAGCACAAUCUAAUUGGCCAGGUGUUUGCUGCGGGCAAUACAGAAGCCGGCGGACCCGCUGCCAAGCCCGUCACCAGCGGCGCCACCUUGGCCUACAACAAUCAGGGACUGGGCGCGGAGCUGACCAAGACGCACACGCCGGGCGUGCGGGACAGCUUGCAGCAAACGGCGAUUGCGAAUCUGUUCAACGAUGGCGUUCACAAUGUGGAUGCCAAGGCAUUCGCCUCACAGAAUCAGCUGGCCAACGGCUUCAAGUUCGAUCGCAAUGGCGCCGCCCUGGACUAUGCCCAUAUCAAUGGACAUGGCGCCAGCGUGACGCACAGCAAUAUACCCGGCUUUGGCAAGCAGCUGGAGCUGGCCGGUCGUGCCAAUCUCUGGCAGUCGCAGGAUCGCAAUACGCGCCUAAAUCUGAGCAGCACCGCCUCCAAGUGGAUGAGCGGUCCGCUCAACGGCAGAUCCGACUUUGGCGCCAACCUGGGUCUGACCCAUUAUAUUGGCUAGAGAGGAGUUCAACAAUAUCUGAGCCAGGAGCUGACUAUUUCCUAAGUCGACAGCCCAGAAGCUGUUGUUGCA